UGGAGCCACGAGGUUGCCGUGGCGACCUGCAGUGUUUGGGCUCUUGGCUGUGGGCUUUCGCUGCCAUGGCCACCCCGCAGCAGCCGUACCGGCCCUGGGCCCCAGAUUGUAGCGCGAGGUUGCCGCCCGAGCCGCCGCUGCGGGUGAAGGUGGUGGGGCUCUUCAAGAGCUCCAGCUUUCAGGUGUCGAAGACCAUUGCUGAGACUCUGAAAUGUAAUUACCCAUCCAGAUUCGAAGAUCCAGUGAUAGUUCCUCUUCAAGAAUUUGCUUGGGAUCAGUAUCUACAGGAGAAAAAGAGGGAACUGAAGGGCGAGACCUGGGUCUAUUCCUCCUAUGUGAUGUGUUUUAUCAAUGACCAACUCCUGGGUAACGCCUUCGAUCUGAAGACGUGGGCACAGAAGGUGUGGGAUGUGGUUGAUGUCCGGCCCCCCGCACUGUAUGAGGCGCUUACUCUGGAUUAUGCCACCAAGUUCUUAAAAGACACCAAGCAUGAUUUUGUAUUCUUGGACAUUUCUAUUGAUUUUUCUCCAAUUGGAAGACUGAUUUUUGAGCUAUUUUGUGAUGCAUGUCCCAAAACAUGUAAAAAUUUUCAGGUCCUGUGCAGAGGAACGGCCGGGGUCUCUGAGAGGGGCGUAAAGCUUCAUUACAAAGAUUCCAUUUUCCAUCGAGUAGUCCAGAACGGCUGGAUACAAGGAGGAGAUAUAGUAGAAGGAAAAGGAGAUGGCGGAGAGUCUAUUUAUGGACCAACAUUUGAAGAUGAAAACUUUUCAAUUCCGCAUAAUAAAAGGGGAGUUCUCGGAAUGGUCAAUAAAGGUCGCCAUACCAAUGGCUCACAGUUCUAUAUCACCCUACAAGCAGCUCCCUAUCUGGAUAAAAAAUAUGUGGCAUUCGGGCAACUGAUAGAAGGAACUGACGUUCUCAAGCAACUAGAGUUAGUCCCAACAGAGAAUGAAAGACCGGUGCUUCUUUGCAGUAUUGCAGACAGUGGAAUUCUUUAUUCCUGAUUUUGAUA